AUUACUGGGCGUUGUUAUAGUAGACUCACUCAUAUAACGUUUUAUGAGUGUAAAUAAGAGCCAGUAUUGAGUCUAGUGUAUUACUGCUCAGCAUCCAGACGACAACAUAUCAAUAUAUCAACAUGGCUGCAGAACUACAAGCCAAAUACACCAAGCUGGCUCAGGAAUACUCAAAGCUCAGAGCACAGAACCAGGUCUUGAAGAAGGCUGUUGUGGAUGAACAGGCAACAUCUAACUCCCUAAAGGAGGAGCUGAAGCAGCGUGAGCAGAGCCUGCGCAAGGCCGAGCAGGAGAUGGACAGCCUGAGUUUCCGGAAUCAACAGCUGACCAAGAGAGUGGAGCUGCUGCAGGAUGAGCUGCAAGUCUCUGAGGCCAAGAGCAAGAAAAGCAAGAAUAAAGGAGAUUCACCCGCUCAGCCAAGUUAUCAGACACAGAGCGUUUUUGACGAGGACUUGCAGAAGAAGAUUCAGGAGAAUGAAAGGCUUCAUAUCCAGUUUUUUGAGGCAGACGAACUGCACCGGCAGCAGGAAGCCCAGCUCCAAAAGAGGUUGGAACAGCUGGAGAAAGAUGCUGAACAGCACCAGGCUGUUGUGGAUGGCCUUGCCUCCAAGUACUUGGCCACAAUUGAGAAGCUGCAAAGUGACAAGGCUUGUCUGGAGAUUAAGGUUCAGACAUUGGAGAGGGAGGCAAAGGAGUGCAGACUCAGGACUGAGGAAUGUCAGCAACAACUGAGAAAGUACCAGACAGAGCUUAGCACUCAGCUGAAGCACAACAGCAGUGUAAUCCAGGAGAAAGUGCCCUUCAACGACACCAAGCACAGUGAUUUCAACAGCUUAAACGUCCCUCCACACAACAGACGACAUCAGUUAAAAGCUCGAGAUGCAGCAGGACAGGCGGUGGGCUUCGUGAAUGAUCUUGUCUCUGCUCUUCUUAACUUCCACUCUUACACAGAGCAGAGGGUUCAUAUUUAUCCUCUUGACUCCUCCAUUGAGACUAUCUCUCCACUCAAUCAAAAGUUUUGUCAGUAUCUACAUGAGAACGCAACCUUUGUACGACCUCUGGAGGACGUCAUGUUGCAACUUCAUCAGAACAUCACAGAGGACACAGUUACAGUACUAGAGACAGUGGGGAAACUACAAGAUUUUUCCAAGUCCUUUCAUACAUACACAAGCUUUUUGCAGAAGAUUCUGCCCUAUCAGCUGAAAAGUCUGGAGGAAGAAGGUGAUGUACCUCUCUGCUCAGCAUCUUUAAGGGAUAAGAAUCAGGAGCUACAGACUGAUAUGAAAAGGUUUACAGCAGUGUUUGAGAAACUGCAGAGCUACAUCAGUCUUCUGGCUUUACCUAGUGUGCGUUUGGAUGUCAUGUCUCAGAGCAGUUCUGUUGCAGUCUUCACUCAGCUCUGUGCCUGCCUACAUGGCCUUCAUGACAUCACUAAGGAACUGUCUAAACACUACAGUCAGAAAGUGGCUUUGGAACAGGAGUUGCCCACUGUUACUCAGAAGCUGCGCACCACCAAUGAGUGUUUACUUUCCUCUUUGGCUUCUCUGACCAACAGCACAAACAAGAUUGCAACUUUCUUCAGCAACAACCUGGAGUUCUUCACUUCUUCAGCUGGUUAUGGACCAAGAGCCGGUGUCGGAAACCUCAACCCACAGCAGGCACAGAGCAUGCUCAAUAACAAAAAACAUGCAUCUGCUUACAUGCUUGCACUCAGAAGGACUUGUCCUGAGUCUGUUCCCUACACAGAGGCUGUGUCUAAUCGCCGCAUCCUUACCAGCUCAACAGAGAGCAGAGAGGGUCUCAUGCAGCAGGUGCAGCAGAGUCAGGAGAAGAUUGCUCGUCUGGAACAAGAGAAGGAACACUGGCUGCUGGAGGCUCAGCUGGGUCGAGUCAGACUGGAGAAGGAAAGUCGGCGCAUAAGCGAGCUGGAGGCUCGACUCUCCUCAGCCUCUGAGGACAGCAUCACUGCACCCACACAUUCUGGUUCAGUCUCCCCAGGACAUGCAGAGCUAGAGACAGAAGACAAAGCAGAAACGGACGUUUCUCACAGCACCAGUCUGGUUGGAAUGCUGAACACAACCCCAACUAAUGAAAGUGUUGCAGAUGAGGAGUCUCGGGAGCACCUGAUUAAAACUCAUUAUAUGACACGAGUUGCUGAACUUUCCACACAGUUGCAGAUGUCAGACAGCAAGGCUGUACACUUCCAUGCAGAGUGCCGGGCUCUGGCAAAACGGCUUACUUUUACGAAGAAAACUCAAGAGACUUUAAAUGAGGAGAUGAAGCAAGCCAGUCGGAACAUCACAAGCCUGCAGGAUGAACUAAGCACGACCAAGAGAAGCUAUGAGGACCAGCUAAGUAUGAUGAGUGACCACCUCUGCAGCAUGAAUGAAACUCUUAGCAAACAGCGAGAGGAGAUCGACACGCUCAAACUGGGCAACAAGGGAAACUCAAAGAAGAACAAGGGCCGGUAGUCUGGGUUCCCAGUCAUCCAGCAACAGUGCAAGUGGAACCAGACAGGCAUAAAAAUGUCACAUGGAGAUGCUGCUCUGCUGUGACAGAACUGACCGAACAGUGCAGUUAAGGAUAUGGAGGUUUCUCCUCUCCUGCAUUGACUGCAUUGGUGUUUUUUUUAAAUAUUUUUUUAUAACAGCAGCUGGAAUGACUGCAGAAGAGUAUGCAGGUUUGGAGUGAAAUGGGGAUGUUUCAGUUUCUUUGUUGUAUUUUCACUCACAUGUAGAUACUAUUAGCUAACUUAGAGACCCAAAGAUUGAAAGGAAGACUAAAUGAUCGUAUUGUUAUCAUUUUUGUGACAUAUUACAAUUAUAAUGAACUCCACACAUCAGUGGUCACUUCACAUAAAAUGUAUAUCUUCUUUAUAUACUUAUAUACAUCACAUUUACCAAAACCUUUUUAAAGACAGUGAUUUGAUAAGUUUUACUUAUUUGUAAAGUCAACAGUAAAUUUGGGGGUAAGUAGUAUAACAUUUAUUGCAUUUAGCAGACGAUUUAUCAUUGGGAGUAAUUAAAUGGCUAGCAAAAGUGGCAUCUUGCAAGGGUAGAGCUUGAACCAGUAACCUGCUGAUCACUAGUCCAUGACCUUAACCACUAGGCUACCACUGCCCCAUUAUUAUCCCAGAAACUGCUCCCAGAAAAAAAACAGUAAUUAAUGAUUCAUUCUGCUUCAAUGGUUAUUGAGGCUUAAUACUACUUGUAAGUGACAGCAAUACAGCAUGUGUUGAUUAUGGGCUUCAUACAUCAAAUGUGUUAUUUAUAGUUUUAUUAACUGCAUUUACCUGCUGUCCACAGUGACUAAACACUAUUACCUCACAUUUAACAGGUAAAAACAAAUCCGGAAGGAAACCAGUUAACAGUCUAAAUUAGAACCAGGGGCACAAGAUCUCAGCAAGUCAUUAACUCCAGAGCAAACCUACUCAAUGUCGCUGGCUCUGUGUGAUCAUGUAAGAAGGAAUUACUUGUCAAGUGCUAAGGUAACGGUCUAAUCACAGGAGGGUGAUUCUACUCAUUCUACUCACACAUUCAAGCUGUUGCAGUUACAUUAAGGCUCAAAGUGCCAUUCAAAAAUCUGAUUAAAGAAAUGUUUCUUACUCACGAGAUUUCAGUGGCUCAGCGAGCACAGAGAUCCUGUAAUGAACUGGCAUACGUACAGGACAUGUUCUCAGCUUGUGUCCAGGUUUUCCAGUAUAUGUUCCACCAACCCAGGACCCACCAAUCAUGACAUAUUAUAGGGCACAUUAAAAAAGCGCUGUAACAGUAUUUAAAUCCACAUUGUUAUGGUUCUUUUUCCAUUUAGGAGCUUAUUUUCCGUAGUAACAUUAGCAAUUACUCCCGUUAGAGGAAUUAGAUGAAAACACUUGAUCUGUAAGUCAAAAGUUAAAGGAACUACAGAUGUGCCACAUGAGAAUCACAAAAUUUUUUAUACUUAUGAUAAGAAAUGUCAGAAAUAAGCGAAGACUACACUCCAAUCAUUUCUGUUUGUACAUUCUACACAAAACUUCACUAUAAAAAGCACUGCAUCAUGUUUUGGAAUAUAUUACAGCAAACAAAAUGUGGAGGACAACAACUUUAAGGAUUCCCUAAAACAGCAUUAGCAACUUUGGGGGGUUGAACACAAUUUGUCGGCAUGAAUGGGUCAGAAAUAAACCACAAUACUUUAAAACGCUAUUUUUACCCUAGUCGUCUCCAGUGCUUUUCCAACAGUAUUAAUUUAAAUUUUUUUUUUUUUUUUUUUUUUUUUUUAAACACAUCUUUGUUUACGUUUAUACAUACAUAUUGUUUUAUUCAUAUUUAUAAGUCACAAUUUAACCAACCUUAAACAUAAAUUUAAAAUGAAUAAUUGCACUGAAGGUUUAUUAAAUAAUGUAAAGUGAUUGAAUCCUUGUUUAGUGUAAUAGUGAAAUAUACCAGUUAAUCACCAUUUGGAAAUGUAAUGUGGACAUUAUCUUUAUUCUAAAACUUGAAAUUUCCUACAAAUUCUUUCCAAGCUCUUCAGAAUUCCUGAGAACCCUUUGGAUCCUGUUCUAAAUCUUCUAGAUUAAUUAAACAUGUUUUGCUGAUUCUGCUUGAUAUAAAAUAUUGGUUAAUUCUAACACAUUGCCUUCAUCCUGUGUCUGGAGAUUGAGAGGGUCAUGGUAAAAAUCUUUUUUUUUUUUAUUCCCCCACUUUACUGUAAUUACAAGUAUUUGUACUUAUUUUUGUUAUGAACUGUAAUGAACAUCGUACAGUCAGGAGCCCGUGCAGAGUGUUACUUCUUUGUUAUUGCUUCAGCGGAAUGACUCGGCAGUGAAGGACGACUGAAGGGUGUUCCUGGUGUGUUAUCAUGACACAUUCUGCAGCUGGAUGGCAUGGAUGUAGAGUUGGAAGCCCAGAAUUGUUCUGUGUAGUUUUACUUUUUUGUACAUUUAAAUAAUCAUGUGGUCUCUUACAUGUCUUAUCCGUCACCCAACAGAUAAAAGUUGAUGCACCUCAUUUUCAGUGUACUGAUCUGAACAUGUCACUAAGUGCACUAUUACAGCUACUGAACUUGAAUAAAAAUCAAUUCUUCUAAUAGCUGGUUUUAUGUAGCAAACUCACCAUGCAUUUAAUACUCAGUGAUUUGUAAUUUCAGGCUCAUUGUGUGUUGAUGUUUAAAAUAAAGGACGUGUUUCCUGUC